AUGCGAGGACCCCGAGAUGGAAGCUCGGGUGUUGGUACGAGAAACAUAGGUCAAUACUAUAGGUCUAUGACCCUUAUUGACUUCCUCAAGAGUGGUCCACCUCAGUUUAAUGGAAAUGCCAAUGCGUUAGAGGCUGAUGGGUGGUUUCGAGACAUGGAGAGAUUUUUAUACAUUCAGCACAUAUCGGAAACACAGUCGGUGGAAAUAGUGACUUACAUGUUGGAGGAAGAGGCUCAGAAAUGGUGGCAGGAGUUAUAUCAUACCUUGCAGAUGGAGUUAACGGAUAUCCCUUGGAAUAGAUUCAAGACGGAAUUUUACGGGAAAUAUUUCUUACAUGCGCUUCGCAUUGCAAAGGAAUUAGAGUUAAUGCAACUGAAACAAGAGAAUAUGUCUGUUGCUGACUAUACUCGUGAAUUCGACAACCUGUGUCAUCUCUCAAAAGUUUGUCAAGGAAAUUCAGCCAACUAUGAGGUGUGGAAGUGUGCUCAAUAUGAGAAAGGACUUAGAAGAGACAUCUUCAACUACGUGAGUCCACAAAGGUUAACGAAUUUCCCUGAAUUGGUUAAGAAAAGUAAAUUCGCAAAAAGUGACUCCAUGAAGCGAGCGAUGUUACAGGAAGGCUAUGGAAAGACUACUCCAUAUGAGCCGCAUAGGGCUGAGCUAGGUGUAUACUACAAGUGCGGGAAGCCGGGGCAUACAACUCGAGACUGUCUGCACAAGGAACGCCGGGAUGCAGCCGAACUCGAUUCUCAGACUCGAGGAAAGGACUAUGAUGUAUUAUUGGAAGACCUGAGAUACGUGCUUAAGCAAUAUCGUAAGAUUAUAGUAGACGCACUAAGCAAGAAGUUUCUAAGGGAUUCUUGGACAUUAAUUUCAAAGGAUGAAAUGUUAGAUGGGUUAGAGUUCUAA